AUGGCGGCUAAAGAAAAUGACGUCACUGCCCUAUACAAAUCAAUCCAAGACGACCCAGAGAUCCUAAACAAAAUCAAUGAUAUCCCAUUUGUGGAUACCCCACUGCACGUGGCCGCAGCAAAUGGAAACACCCUUUUCGCCGUUGAAACCAUGGCCAUAAUGCCAUCUUUUUGCAAGAAGCUCAACGGCGAAGGCCUAAGCCCGUUACACGUGGCCCUGCAAAACGGGCGCCUCGAAACCGCGCGCCAUAUGGUAAAACUGGAGAGCGGGCUGGUUCGGGUGGGCGGGAGGGGAAAGAUGACGCCCAUGCACUACUUGGUCUCCGUUACUAAGAAUGGUGACGCCGAGAAACUGGAGCUGUUGAUUGAUUUUCUCAUAGAGUGCCCCGAAGCUGUUAAGGAUGUCACGGUUGAUUGCAAAACCCCAAUGCAUGUGGCGAUUGAGUCAGGGAGUUUUGACGCUUUCGGAGUGAUGUUUGGUUGGCUUUGGAAGACUGGUAAUAUCAAUCUUUUAAACAAGGAAGAUGUCAACGGCAACACUGCACUUCGUCUGGCUGCACAACACUCCAUUAACUUUCCUGAUGAUGAGUCUGCAGAGUCAGGCGAUGAGAGGCCAGAAAUAAUCCGAAAUAAUGCAUUCAAAAGAAUCCGUAAGAGCAGUAAAGAAAUACUAGGCAGUGCAGAGGCAAAGGAGCGAUUAAACCGCAUCACAUUCUUCAUGUCACCGGAGACACCCAUGCAAAAGCUCAUCCGUUACUCCGCACACGUCCACAAAGGCUUGUCAAUGGAAGUUCGGAACACGGUGCUAGUGGUGGCGGUGCUGGUAGCCACCGCCGUGUACCAAGCAACUCUCACGCCCCCCAACUCCGUCUUACAAACCACCGAUGGUGACGAUCCCAUUUCUUCCAACAAGAUUACGCUGAUGAUGAUGACCCACCUGCACAAGCAUCAUUUCAAAGUGUUUGUAAUUAUGAACACAUUGGCCUUCAACCUCGCAAUAGGGGUGAUGCUAUUCGUGCUCCCCUUCGGUCUCUCCAGCGUUUUCCUACACUUGGCUCUGUAUUUCAUGUCCGUCAGCUUCCUCACCAUGAUGCACGUGACCGGCGGAGCGGAGCAGAAGGCCAUGGCCACGGUGCUAAUGUAUUUUUCUUUGGCGCUGUUUGGCAUUACCUAUUGUGCGCGCUUCUUUAUUGCGUCCUUAAAGACGGUGUUAUGGACUCCGUGGUGGAUAGGGAAGCCGUAUCGUGUGAUGUGCAAGCUUAUUGGGUGUAUGGGGAAGGGCAUGCAAAAUAGUUUUCAGGAGCUUCAGCUGCAGAUACAGACCGUGGGCUGGUCAGGCGAUCCCCAUGGCUCAUAUUAUCGCCAGUAGCUUAGCACUCACAUUAUAUAUGUCACCACUACUACGGCCGCCCAUGUAUCAACGUACAUUUCCAUCGUUUUAGAAUAUGAUGUAAUAAUUAAUAAAAGGCAAAAACUUAUGUGAGACCGUCUCACGGAUCUCAAUCUGUGAGACGGAUCGGGUUAUUUAUUAAAUGGGUCAACAUGUGCAUCUCACGCCCUCCCUU